CUCCAGCCCCGCCCCCGCCGCGGCGGGCAGGACCGUGCGGGCUGCGGGCUGGCACCGGGCCCGCCCCGCCCAGCACCGGCCCCGGCCCCGGCCCAUGGAGGCUCCGGGAGCGGCCGGCACCGCAGGCAGCCGGUGAGCCCAGGCCGGAGCGGGGCAGUGUGGCUGGCGGCGUGGCUGGCGUCGCGGUGUGACCAUGCAGGCCGAGGCCAGAGGGGAUUUCUGCGGCAGGGACCAGCACCCUGAGCUUGGCAAGGAGACCCUGGCCACAGAGCACCCGGUGGGGACCCCCACUCACGGGCCAGCACCAGAGACCCCCGGAGCCCCUGCAGAGGAGCAGGGUGGCAUCCCCAUCCCCAGCACCAGCCUGCUGCAGGUCACUGAGCGCAGACAGCCCCUGAGCAGCGUCUCCUCGCUGGAGGUGCACUUCGACCUGCUGGACCUGACGGAGCUGACCGACGUCUCGGACCAAGAGCUGGCUGAGGUCUUCGCCGACUCAGACGAGGAGAACGUGGCCGGAGAACUGCCCGGUGGUGAGCGAGUGGGGCCAGCCGCAGCCUGUCCGUCCCGGCCCGUCCAUCCGUCCAUCCCUGAGCCGUCUGUCCCUGCAGGGCUGCAGCUGCAGGCCGUGCCGCGGGCCGGGUACCUGCGCUCGCCCUCCUGGACCCGCGCCCGGGAGCAGGGCCGGGAGAAGAAGCACCUCAGUGACCCGGAGCUGCCACCAGGACCCCCGGACGCCUGCCUGCCUGCCGAGCGGCCGCGGGAGCCCUAAGGGCUGCCCCGGCACCGGGGCACGGACGCCGGGGACACACCGGGGCACGGACGCCGGGGACACACCGGGGCACGGACGCCGGGGACACACCGGGGCCGGUGGCUCCGCCCCGAGCGCGGCUGGGGCCCGUCCCCGCCGCCCUGCCUGCAGGGGCGGGGCACAGGACUGGCGUGGCGGGGCACCGCGGCCCGGCCCCGGGCAGAGGCGGCCGCCAGCCGGCGGGGGUGGCCCGGGGCCGGGUACAGCCGGUAACCCGGCGUGCCCGCUGUUCUCCGGGUGGCAGGGAAGGGGCAAGCGGCGUCCCCGCCGCGGGGAGCCGGCGCAGCGCGGGGCCGGUGCCCGCCUGGGCCUCAUGUAGCAGCGCUGUGUUCCGGUAAAACCGACCGACCACUACCGCCGUGCCUCUGCCCGUCUCCGUCGCCGCAAAGG